AUGGCUCUAGUCUAUUCCCAGUUCCCUGUCAAAGCUGGUGACUUACGUCUUGUAUCACUCGAGAGCUGGGCUGGAGAUAUCACCGAAGCAAAAUGGAAGCUGAGAGUCGUGAGCUUGCAUGAUCCGUUGACACGCUACCACGCCCUUUCGUAUAGGUGGGGGGCGCCUAUCAACGAGGGGCCUUUCAGAACAUACACUAACGAGCGCGUUGCGUCUAUAAAAUUUGGGGAUGGAGAGCUUAAAGUUGCAAGAAACUUACUGGACUUCCUGAUCCAGGUGAAGGAAGACAAAGAGCUCAAAGAUAAGGAGUUCUGGAUUGACGCCAUAUGUAUAAACCAAGAGGACGACGAUGAGAGGAGUUAUCAGGUCAGCAACAUGAUGGCUGAGAUCUACAGGAGAGCUAGUUCUGUCAUUGCAUGGCUUGGGGACUCGGAUGCGCAUACGAAGCAAGCUUUCGAUCACAUGGCCAAGGUAGCUGACCGGAACAUUCUCAAAUCAUUGGGCAUGCCAACUAGACGAAGAAUCUCGGAACCUUCCGACCAUGAGGAGGCUUGUUGGGAGGCCAUUGGAAAGAUCUUCGAUAGGACCUACUGGAACAGAUCAUGGAUUAUCCAAGAACUCGUACUCCCAGAGCACGUAACUCUCCGCUGUGGAGUGUACUCAACAAAUUGGGAUAUAUUUGUGAAGGCUUCGCAUAACAUAUCAACGAGCCCUUUGAAGCAGUUUUACGACAGUCGGCCCGCCGAGGGAACGUCAUCUUCCGCCAGAAGCUUGAGAGCGUCCCGUAAUUACGGAGUGCCGGCGAUUAUAAAAGCAACGAAAUCAACCAUGGCCACAGAGCACUGGGCUAAUGUGCUAUUAUACACGCUGAUAAGAUCCCGUGACUGCGAGGCUACAGAGCUUGGGGACAAAGCAUACGCUCUGCUGGGCCUUAUCCAAGGUCGUGAAGGUAUUGAAAAGUUGCCGCCGUUGCUGUGCCCAACGUACGGAAAGAAUUGCAGUCCUGGAAAGACAUACCUCGACAUAGCCAUUCAACUUCUCAUGGAUUGUGAGGAUUUACUAGUCCUUUCUUGCGCAGAGGGUUUUCGUAAUGUAAAGUUGAAUGGUGCAGACCUUCCCUCCUGGGUUCCUGACUGGAGUGUCAGAUAUCCUCUUGGUCUCAGAGUCACAGGAUAUGAGAGAUAUCAAGCAGAUUCAUUUUUCUUCUCGGCGGACAGGAAUUUGUCACGGGAAGAGAAGCUGGCCCUUUGGCCUGCUACAUUCAACGAGACUGAGCUUACGAUGACUAUCCACGGAGUGCAAGUCGACAAGAUCUCUUUCGUUGCAGAGUCAAAGCGCGAUGUCUUGAAUUACAAACCCUUUCCAAGACUCUUGGAUAUGCUAUUGAGGCUGCCUGAAAAGGAUAAAGUCACUGGCGAAGGUCGAAUGGAAGCUUUCUGGCGGACGCUGACUAAAAAUACUUAUGGAGAGGCCAGAGUUCCUCCGCCAAAGGGAUCAUCAAUGGGGCCUAGUUUUGCAAAAUGGUUAAAAGAGAGAAUGGAGUCCGUGGUAUUGUCUCCAGAAGACGAAAACUAUUGGACGAAGCUCAAAGAAGCUUUCAACAAGUUCUGGCCCCAAGAUGCAGAAUGGCUUACCGCCACCAAAGGACACGAGUCUGUCUUAUCGAUGGAAUUUAGCUCGCAAUUCGCAUAUGGGGAAUACCUUCGACCGUUCGUAACAGAGAAUGGAUACAUCGGACUUGGCUCACAGAAUUUGCAGGAGGGAGAUACAGUCUGGGUAGUACCACGAUCGCGGGUGCCUUUAAUAUUUAGGCGUUUGAGCGAGUUCAAUCCACAGGCGGAUCACCAUUGCCAGUUGGUAGGAGGGACAUAUCUCCAUGGGUUCAUGGAUGGUAGCUGGUGGGGAAAGAAAGCGACCAAAGAUGACACGCAAGCUAUCAUAAUCCACUGA